ACGCCCCGAUAGGUCUUGUGGUGUGUGAGUGGGAUGAUGAUGUAGGCGCGUCUUAAGGACACAAACUUCACGAGUGAUUCAUUCAUUUCACUUCACUUUCCUAAAGCGAUCUGAUACGCGUGGUUCUUCUGCAACGGAAAUAAGCCAAAGGACAAACCAUGAAGAUCUUGACAUUCCUGACGCUUCUGCUGAUCACGAGUAGUUCUGCAGUGGGACAAACGGUGCAAUCUAACCAGACCGGCUUUGUUGGACAGGAUGUACUUUUACCAUGUAACUGUUCUGAUGACCUUAAUGAGCUGGUAUGGCAGAAAGAUGAGACAAUAGUAAACCUUCAUCCAACUGACAAAAGCCUCAUAAAUGAUUCCUACAAGGACAGAACACAACUCUUCCUAAACAAUGAGAAAAGAAACUGCUCCCUGCUGAUCCGCAACAUCUCUUCAGAGGAUGCAGGAGUGUACACCUGUCAUGACCUGGCCAGGGUUCAGAAUAUGUGGUUAAGGAAGUCAUCAAAUGUUAUUCUAACAGUGUCUGAAAACGAAAAGGACCCUGAAAAAUACACUGACACCGAAUCUGUCUCACCUGUCUCUGUUGGUGUUCCUAUAUGCGUACUAGCGCUUUUACUGGUUGUUGGCCUGCUUCUAACCAUAAUGAUCAGAAGACGACAUCGGACAAGCCAGAACACAGGAUCCGAGGAACCUAUGCUAGAGAAAGUGUGAAGUUCUCUUGCUCGACAGUGUAAUGAACUAACUUCUACAUUGUAAUGUGAGGUCCUUCACAACAACAAUGGACAAUUUGAGGCCUUAGCCCUAAGCAAACGUGUUUGCAUGUGGGCAUUACACAGCGUUGCGUGCCGAUCCGUCUCGCUCCGAGAUGGAUCGAUAUGCAGUCUUCAGUUGUAACACUGUUACACUUGAUUGCCACUGAAUUGUGAAUACACUGUGAAUAUACAUUCUGUAGGCAUUACAGUUUUGUAACUUGACAAGAUUCUCCUUGUAGGAACUGUCUUUAUAUUUUUAUCGAAGAACAGAUGUAAUAGGUAGGGGAGGUGCUGUUUAUAUUUUACCUAUUCCUCGCUUUUUGAGACACAUUGGUGGUCUCAGUCCUAAACAUGCUUUUUAAUCAUGUUCAUAUGUGUACAGCAAUCAUUUACUAAGCACACAUCAUGUAAGCUUCUUUACAUUUACUCUUGUAUGGGUUGUUUUUACUCAGCCUGAGCUGAAUUUAUUUAUGUGGAAGAAAUGUAUGGCACUCCCUAUGGGAUAUGUUUGCUUUUUUACUGUACUAAAUUUCAUUUACUUUUAAAUGAAUUCUGUAAAAUGCUUCAAACCUGCCGAGGCAAUAAACCUUUUACAUAUACAGUU